CGCGCACGUCAUGAGGUCACGCGUAGCACGCAGGUGCGCUUUCAAAUUGUUUGUUUUAGCAGAAACAGUGUGUUGGAUGCAUCACGCUGCAUUGAUCAACGCAGCCAGCAGACACCACACAGUUUAGACCGCUGCCCAAAUGUACAAAGCUGAACAGUGAUGAACAGAACGAGCUGCAAUGGAAGAGGGACUGAGCCACUUCAAAGCUCUGAGGGCCAAGUUUCAGGAAGAGGCCCUCUUGGCUCAAUCCAAAACCAGUCGUCCAGCUGUUGCAGAGAAACCGAAGCACCUUCCUCCUCCUCCUCCUGGAGGUCACUGCGGCUCCGUGGUCAGCAGUAUUAAUAUUGCUGUAGAAAACAAGACACCAGUGGCUCCCUGGGUCAUCUUCAGAGAUGGGCUGGGGGCAUCCGGAGGCAAGCGACCAAUUUCCUUUCCACCGCAACUUCAGCUGACCUCCCCCCCAUCUCAGCUGGCUAAUGGUGACAGAACAACAAGGCAGUCCCUCAAAGACAGACACAUGCCUCUGGUGCUUCCUGUCCUGCCUUUUAAAGAGCGAAAGACAGAACCGCCAGCCAAAAAGGAGCACAAACUGGGACCAGAGCCAGGGAGAGAAGUCCUGCCGCAAACUAAAAUCAAGAAGAAAGGUUUACUGCUUCCUUUCAAGUCCGCCAGAGCAUCAAAGGUCAGCGCAGAAAAUGGAGAGGAGCCUACGUAUGCUGAUUUGACCACCAGACCUUCCAGUGCUCCCGGUGAGCUACCCUCGAUGGAGAAACGAACCACAGAAGAUGGGGUUUCGCCCCAAAGUGACCAAUCUACUGCGGAGUUCCCACUCUCCAGCCCCGACAUCCCGAUCACCCCUCCUCCUGCACAGACAAGUGUUUACUCCGACAACAAAAUGAUUAGCACCUUGGAGAGAGCCAAGAAGAAGUUUUCACGCAAGCAGAUGUUGAUCUCCGCCAAACAUAAGAGCUUGCGUUCUCCUGACUACGUCUCAAGAGACAAGGCGUUCCCUUUGCCGCCAAAUAACCUUAUAGAACCCGAGCUACCCAUACCGCCACCAGUCUGUCUUCCACACAUGGCUUGUCUAUCAGCCCGGCCUUUCUUCAAAGCGAACCACUCUGAACGCAGGUCUGUCCUGGAUAAGCAUUUUGGCAGGGAUAAAUCUCUUCCCUCUGUCAGGACUGUUAAACCUCACUCACCCUCUGCUCCUCAAAAGAGGUCUCUACCUGACGUGAGGUCACUGGGGCCAUUGCCACCAAAGCCCCCCAGACCUCCGUUAGUAGAUCUCAGCUGUUACCCUCCACCCACAGUGAACGAGGUGUCACCAGGUCUUAGCCAAGCACCAAGCGAAGAGCCGCAGGCUGAGCACCCAUCCGUCUCCCACUCUGUACUAGACGCUCCGGAGUUUCCAGACUUUGAGAAUUCAGAGAUGGAAACAGCAGAGGGUGAAGCUGUUGACAUAUGUGCACUGGAACUGGAGGCCUUGGACUUAGUCAGCACUGACCUUCCUGUACCAGAUCACUGCGGGCUCAUCGGUUUCGAGCAUCCACAACCGGACUUAUCGGUGUUUGAUCCUUUAGAGCCCCUUAUGAGCAACGGAAUCCAAGAUCUGAACCUUGGCAGUCAAAACAUAAUACCCCUCGAUCCAGCCAGCUUCCCUGAACCAAUAAACUUAGACGCUUUCCCAGAGCCUUCUGUAUCAGAGCAAUGGUCCCAGAGUGAGGAGGUGAUCAUGGAUCCUCUUUCUAGCACUCAAGCUGAUGAGACAGAUCUGGGAGAUGCUGAGUCUCACUCUGCUGCACAGGAAGCAGACGGUGUUAGCCACGCAGCAUUGAAUGAUGUGAUUCAAUCACAUACAAGUGUUUCUCAAGAGGACAGUUACUACGAAGCGUGUGAUAAUGUGUAUGAGGACGUCGAGAGUAUCAACAGAUUAAUCUCGGGCCAGAACUCGCGUAAACGAAAAGGUGGCCUGAAGAAUCCAUAUGCUGACAACCACCCUAUGAAGGAGGAGGCGUCUCUAAAUAUAUGGCCGCGGAAUCCUUGGGGCAGUUUAUCAGGAGAACACGCUCAUUCGGCUAAUAAUCAUCUCCACAGUAAAGAACGCCAAAGCCCCAACACUGCUGACCUUAAAGAAAAGAAGAAGAGGGAAAAACACCGACAGGAGAAGGAGAAAAAAGAGCAAAAGGAUAGGGAGAAGAAGGAAAAUGAAAUGAAAAAGAAGUUCAAGGUGAACGGCGAAGAGGAGGCCAUGUACCACGCCAAGGUGAUGGUGGCUAGCAAGGUUCGCAAGAAUGACCUGCCAGUGACGAGCGGGGACACGGUCAGCAUCAUUCGCACCACCAACUGCCCCAAAGGCAAAUGGUUGGCCCGAGACGCCAACCACAAGUACGGUUAUAUUUCAGUGAUGAACGUAGAACUAAAUAUCAAAGAGAUGCUGGAACUUGGCAAGAAGGCCCAGGCAGCUGGGCGAGGAGGCAACCUAGAGGGAGAUACCAUCAGCAUUGGGAGCAGAUCCUCAUGCCACCUUGUACUAACAAGCAGUUUCACCGAUGACAGUGAGGAGUGGGCCUGCGAAGAUGAGACCCUCUCGCCCUCCAGUGAAAGCCAUAGCUGUCCCCUUCAGAUAGCCUCACUGCCCGAGAUGUCAUGUGGCCAUGUCGGCGCUCAGCACACUCUGAGCGAUGCCAACCUGGAGGACCUACACACGCAGACCAGACACGAGGCCCUGCAGAAACUAGCCAUCUUCUUUCAACACAGCAAAGAUGAAUUUGACGACAUCUCUGAUGGAGGAGGAGCAACCCCUACAAAUGCCGAGCCAUCGAAUUUCUUGUAUGGUGUUGAGGAGCCUCCAUACCCGGAACAAGAGGUUGACUUCACAGAGCUGGAACUCCUUCCUCCCCCGCCGCUAUAUGCCGACACCUUCUGAUUACCUGAAGCAAGUAAUGUCACCAUGAAGAAUAUCUGCCAUCGAAACAAGUUUGCCAUAUAGUUGAGAAUGUUUUUUCAUCCUGUACAGAGGAGAAAAGAAACAAUUGUGAACGGAGCUGCUGAUGUGACUGUACCAUAAUUCUAAUUUCACUUUUGUUUGCUCAGUUUGUUGUUCAUAUUUCACGUUGUGUUCUACACUUUUCUUUUCUCUGAUGCGACUAUUAAUGGAGCACAAAAUUGAAUCAUUGCACUUUAUCCAAAGAGCAAUGACAUAAAGUAGCCAACUGUUCACUCGUAGAGCUAACAUUUAAGGAUUUGUUUGUAAAUGCGUUGGAUUUUCUUUUGUUUGUGUUACAUCUA